AGAGAAAACAGUGGUCCCCAAACUGUUCCUUUAAGAGAUUUUGGACCCUGAACUGAUCCCUGUUCCUUGGUCAGCUGUUGCUGCUGUUGUUCUCUUCUCCGCCCUCCAUUGGCUUCCGCUGCUGCCACUCACGCCUCUUUUCCCCGCCUCCUCCACGCUGAUUGGCUGAUUCUCCUGUUUCUCUCCCUUCUUCAGGGAGGGUCCUCCAGUAUCCCAGAAUGCCGCCGUUCCCGGAAGUAGUUCCAGAAAAGAGUCAAUAACGAUGGAGGACGAGGAGCUGGACUUGGCGGACGAACUGGAGGCAGCCUUGCAGCUGGCCCCUGAGGUCCAGCUGGCCAUCGAGCAGGUUUUCCCCAGCCAAGAUCCCUUGGACCGGGCCGACUUCAACGCUGUGGAGUACAUCAAUGCGCUUUUCCCGACGGAGCAAUCUUUGGCCAAUAUUGACGACGUGGUGAAUAAGAUCAAGCUCAAAAUAAGACGGCUGGAUGAUAAUAUUCGGACGGUGGUCAGAGGGCAGACUAAUGUGGGGCAAGAUGGUCGCGAGGCUCUUGAGGAAGCUCAAAAGGCCAUCCAGCAGCUCUUUGGGAAAAUUAAAGACAUCAAGGACAAGGCGGAAAAAUCAGAGCAGAUGGUUAAAGAAAUCACGCGUGACAUCAAGCAGCUGGACCACGCCAAGCGCCACCUGACCACCUCCAUUACGACGCUCAACCAUCUCCACAUGUUGGCCGGCGGAGUGGAUUCCUUGGAGGCCAUGACCAGAAGGAGGCAAUACGGGGAAGUCGCCAACCUCCUGCAAGGCGUUGUCAACGUCCUGGAGCAUUUCAACAAGUAUAUGGGAAUCCCACAGAUCCGGCAGCUUUCAGAGCGGGUGAAGGCUGCCCAGAACGAACUGGGGCAACAGAUCUUGGCAGACUUUGAAGAAGCCUUUCCUUCCCAAGGCACAAAGCGGGCUGGCGGACCCAGCAACGUCCUCCGGGAUGCGUGCCUGGUUGCCAAUGUCUUGGACCCCCGAAUCAAACAGGAGAUCAUCAAGAAAUUCAUUAAGCAGCACCUCUCCGAGUACCUGGUGCUCUUCCAGGAAAACCAAGAUGUGGCCUGGCUGGAUAAAAUUGACCGCCGUUACGCUUGGAUCAAACGCCAGUUGGUGGACUACGAGGAGAAAUAUGGCCGCAUGUUUCCGCUGGAGUGGUGCAUGACAGAACGCAUUGCUGUGGACUUCUGCCACAUUACAAGGUCGGAGCUUGCGAAGAUCAUGCGCACCCGAGCGAGGGAGAUCGAAGUGAAGCUUCUUUUGUUCGCCAUCCAGAGGACGACCAACUUCGAAGGUCUUCUAUCCAAACGCUUCUCCGGCUGUACUCUCACUGACACCGUGGUGAAAAAGGCUGAAUCGCCUUUAGCCUCCACCAACCCUUUCUUGGAAGAUGAGACCACACUGGAGGCGGAUGAAGUCCUGUCAGAAAAGACCGAUAUUGACAAGCCCAAAAAGCCAAAGGUUCCGGAUAAUCCGUUCCAUGGCAUCAUUUCCAAGUGCUUCGAGCCCCAUCUCUACGUGUACAUUGAAUCCCAGGACAAAAAUUUGAGCGAGCUGAUCGACCGCUUCGUAGGGGAUUUCAAAGCCCAGGGUCCUCCCAAGCCAAACAUGGACGAAGGAGGGGCCGUCCUGCCCAGUUGUGCCGACCUCUUUGUCUACUACAAGAAAUGUAUGGUCCAGUGUUCGCAGCUCAGCACCGGGGAGCCCAUGAUAGCCUUGACCACCAUCUUCCAGAAGUACCUCCGAGAAUACGCCCGGAAGAUCCUCUCGGGAAACCUGCCCAAGACCAGCAGUGGCGGAGGUGGGCUGACCAUCACCAGUUUGCUGAAAGAGAAAGAAGGCUCGGAAGUGGCCAAGUUCACUCUGGAAGAGCUCUGCCUGAUCUGUAGCAUCCUCAGCACGGCAGAGUAUUGUUUGGCGACAACUCAACAGCUUGAGGAAAAACUCAAAGAGAAAGUGGACACCAGCCUCAUGGAAAGGAUUAACCUGAUGGGGGAGAUGGAUAUCUUCAGCGUAGUGAUUUCCAACAGCAUCCAGCUUCUGGUGCAGGAUUUGGAUGCCGCCUGCGACCCGGCUCUCACCGCCAUGAGCAAGAUGCAGUGGCAGAACGUGGAGCACGUUGGAGACCAAAGUCCCUAUGUCACCUCCGUGAUCUUACACAUCAAGCAGAACGUCCCUGUCAUCCGCGACAACCUGGCCUCCACCCGGAAGUACUUCACACAGUUUUGCAUCAAGUUUGCCAAUUCGUUCAUCCCCAAGUUUAUUAACCACCUUUUCAAGUGCAAGCCGAUCAGCAUGGUGGGUGCAGAACAGCUCCUGCUAGACACCCAUUCUUUGAAGAUGGUUCUGCUGGACCUGCCCUCCAUUGGGUCCCAAGUGGUGAGGAAGGCUCCUGCCAGCUACACAAAGAUCGUGGUGAAGGGCAUGACGCGGGCUGAAAUGAUCCUCAAGGUUGUGAUGGCCCCGCAUGAGCCCGCGGUGGUCUUCGUGGACAACUACAUCAAACUCCUGGCCGACUGCAACACCGAUAUGUUCCAGAAGAUUCUGGACAUGAAGGGUCUCAAGCGGAGCGAGCAGAGCACCAUGUUGGAUUUGUUCCGCCAGAGGCAGCCAGCCCCUGCGUCGGGAACCGAAAACGCCGGCUUUGUCUCCCUGACGGCCCCGACGCCGGAGCAGGAGUCCUCACGCAUCCGGAAGCUGGAAAAGCUGAUUAAGAAAAGACUCUAGAGGUGCUCCCGUCCCUUUUGGGGGGCAUCUCAAUCCAGACUUGAACUAUUCUCCAGUGGUUGGAUGAUAUGGCAUGUUGGUCAUAAGGUUUUUGGAGAGCCCAAAACGCUCUGUCCGGAGACUCCAGAUGGUCCAACUCUUGCUGGCCGGUUUUAGGCGGCAGGGUAGAAAAUCUAGCUACACUUUGAAUGCACUCCUCAGAUUCAGGCUGCGUCCACGCUGCAAAAAUAAUCCGGUUUAACUGCCGUGGUUCAAUCAGUGCUAAGUAAUUCUGGGAAUUGUAGUUUGGUGAGAUGUUUCGCCUUCUCUCUCAGAGAGGUCUCUGGUUCCACAAUAAGCUACACUUCCUGAAAUUCCAUGGCAUUGAGCCAUGGCAGUUAAAGUGGUGUCAAGUUGGGUUAUUUCAUGCAGCCUCAGAGACAUUGCUGUUUCUGUCACACUGUCUUUCUUGUUUUUGUGAACAUUCCUGUCCCUCCUAAACUAUUGCUUCUGUCUUCCCAGUUACUCCGUCGCCUUUGUCAUAAGAGAUGUGGGGCGAGCGACCUUAAUCUAGGUCUCACUUGUCUAUCCAAAAAAGUACCUGUGUUGGUGGCUACUAAUCCUUCAAGCCCUGCACCAAUGUGCACCUGACACAUUGCAGAAAUUAUCCAGUUUGAGACUGCUUUAACUCCCUUGGCUCAAUGCUAGGGAGUUCUGGGAAGUGUAGUUUUUGGAGACAUCGAGCCUUCCGUGUCGGAGAGCUCUGGUGCCACAAACUACAAUUCCAGGACUCCCUAGCCCUGAGGCAGGGCAGUCAAAGCGGUCUCAAACUAGAUUAUUUCUGCAUUGUGUUUGCGACCAAAGCAGAUUUUUCUUCAAGGGACGGACUAUGUCCAAGAGGCUGUUAGUUGCCGACCUUGUGAGAACAAACAGCCAACUUCUUCUGUCCCGGGAGUCACAUCGCCCGUUCCUUUGGGCCCUUUGCUCCACUUGGUUUGCAACUCAAGGGCGAGAACCGUGUUUACACUUGAUACAGAUCAAGAAACCUUCAUCGAGGGCGGUGUGACUCACGCCACCUUGGUUUUAUAAGCAGCCUUAACUGCGGGAACGGCAAACAAAACCUGCGUACCUGCAGGAAUGUGUGGAAUUGCUUCCCUGUUUCCCCUCCCAAGAAAACCAACUUUCAAAAGAGAAGGGAUGCGGAACCAAAAAGGUGACUCCCUGCGUCCCUCCUUUGCAUUGCAAAUAUCUAGACAACACUAAAAUGGAGGGACACCAGAUUGCAAAUUUGAGAACCGUCAAGAUGGUAAAAAGCUCCUGCUAUGUAAAUCAAUUUGCUUCUCUUUUUCACUUGCACACACACACACCAUUUUUUAUUUUAUUUAAGGUUCAAGAACAUUGUCUUUCCUUAUUUAUCCUGGCCUUUGGGCGACGACAGAGUCUCGAGUUGUAUGAUUUUCUAUCAAUAAAAAGGACUCUUCGGCA